CCAGCACCCGCCGAGCCCCGGAGCCUGCAGCCAUGAAGAUGAAGAUGUGCUUCGGCCUCCUCCUUGCCCUGCUGGCAACCACUUGCCUGUGCCGGCCCGCGGCUGAGGCACCAGCUGCAGCGGGGGACCCUCGCCAGCCCCCCCCCAGCCUGGUCCGACGCGACUGGUCCCAGGUCCUGUCGCAGAAGCAUCGAUUCCAGCCCCACAUCUUCACAGAGCUGGGUGACCACAAGGGCUACGGGGACGAGAGGACAGAGGCCCUGUACGACCACUACUACCCUGCCUGGAUGGACUUCGGCCGCCGCAGCGCGGAGGACUCCGGGGAUGCUGCGUAGGCUCUGGGCUGGCAGGCAGCACGCUCGGGGCAUGGCUCCUCCUGCAAUAAAGCUUGGGCACUACGGCUGCUGCUGCUCGCUCUUUGCUGGGGCAGGGGGGGAAGCAGGCAGGUGGGAUUUGCCCCCAGCCCCACCAUGGAGUGCAGGGCAAAGACUCAGCAGUGCCCAACCCAGC